AUCAAUUUGUGCAUUUAAUCGAUCGAUGAAUCAUCAAAGCCUAGCCUUCUCUCUCUCUCUCUCUCUUUGAACUUUGAAGUUCAGCAAUCAACAUCCCUGUUCACAUUUCUUCGAAACUGAAUCAAGCGUUUGAUUUUUUCUAGCUUAACCAGCUCUUGCAGGCCACAGCUUAAGAGCGGAACAAAAUGGUUGUCGCAGGCGGCAGAGAAGUUGAAUCACAUGCCUUCCCCAGUGAUGAUCGCGAAAGGGAAUUGAAAGCCUUUGAUGAUUCCAAAGCCGGCGUCAAGGGACUAUUCGACGCAGGAGUUACUAAGGUUCCUCGUAUGUUUGUCCAUGAGCACCACAUUCCUGUAGUGAAAUCCGGCAGUAGCAGUAAGCUUGAUUAUCGCGUUCCUGUGAUUGACAUGAGAGGUACUAACCAUUCCGAGAUUGUUAAUCAGGUACGCCAUGCAUCUGAAAACUGGGGAUUCUUUCAGGUAAUCAAUCAUGGAAUACCAGAAGUUACACUAGGCAAUAUGCUGGAAGGGGUGCGCUUCUUUCACGAACAAGAAGCUGAGGCAAAAAGGAAAUACUAUAGCCGGGAUCUGGCCAAAAAAGUUGUGUAUCACAGCAACAUUGAUUUGUAUUAUUCAAAGGCAGCUGUAUGGAAAGAUACCAUUACUUUCAAAAUGGUUCCUUGUCCACCAGAACCUGAAGAAAUUCCCUUGGUUUGCAGGGAUGCAUCAAUUGAAUACUCGAAAUGCGCGAUGGAAUUGGCCCUUAUCCUGUUACGGUUGGUCUCAGAGGCUGCAGGACUCGAUGCUACGCUUCUUGAAAACAUUGGCUGUGCUGAUGGACUUGUGGUGAAGGGGCAUUACUAUCCACCUUGUCCUGAACCAGAACUGACUUUUGGUACUGCUGAUCAUACAGAUAAUGAUUUUCUGACCAUAAUCCUUCAAGAUGAACUUGGCGGCCUUCAAGUUUUACAUAAAGAUGAAUGGGUUGAUGUCUCUCCUUUGCCCGGUGCCUUAGUAAUUAACCUGGGAGACAUGCUUCAGAUUGUGACAAAUGAUAAAUUCAAAAGUGUUCGUCAUAGAGUACUCGCUAAUAAGAUCGGACCUAGAAUUUCGGUGGCAAGUUUCCUCAGGCCACAAUACGGUGAAGGGUAUGUUUCGCGACCAUAUGGACCUGUCAAGGAGCUAUUGUCAGAAGAAAACCCUCCAGUCUACAGGGAGACUACCAUUGAAGAGUAUACAAAAUGCUUCCUAAUGAAAGCCAUGGAUGGAAAUGCUGCAUUAUCACAUUUCAGGUCAUGAAAGAAAGUUAAAACUGGGUUGAUUGAGGAAAAGAAAAGAUGGCAGGAACUUUAUAUAUGCUGAGAGACCACUUCAUAAAAGGUCUUAAAAGCAGCAGUUUAGGACUUUAGGCUGUUUUCAAGGGUUGGUGAAAGUAAGAAGCUAGUUAUUGCAGCCUGAAGCAUUGGGCACAACAUGAUGAUUACCCAAGUCGAGCAAAUAAACCAAAAUAGCUUCCAACAAAUUUGCCAAAAUUAUGAAUGGAAGUCGCUUUAUUAUGAUAUAGUAGUGAGAAAAUUUGAUGGAACUUCACUUUUCUCCAAUUUUGGUUCAACUCUAAUUUUAAA